AUGGCGGACGAGCCUACCCGUGAGGCUGCUCUCCUCCAGGAGUCGUCACGACCCGAUGGAUUCGAGCCAUGGGGUCCUUUUUGCAGGAAGGAGCUUAAGGGAAUGUGGGCUUUGGGAUGGCCCAUAGCUGUAAGUAUGUUCUGCCGGUUCGCAAUGUUCUCAAUGGACUCUGCCUGCGUGGGCCAUCUAAACAGACCACUAGCCGAGUCGCACUUCUUGUUGAAGUCGGCUGGGGCCAACCCAGAUGCAGAAAUACCUGGCCUUCCAACAGCGGCUUAUCAUCUUUUGCAGCUUGAAGAUGCCCUCGAGUCGAGCGAGAUGGGCACAGAGGCUGGCACGGACGACAGCUACUCCCCGAAAGAGUACUUGGCUGCAUCUACUCUUUCAGACAUGAUUACCAAUUUUCUGACGACACCCUUGUUGGCAAUGGCGUUUGGAUUGAACCCACUGAUUGCACAGUCAGUGGGGUCCGGCAAUCUCAAGAUGGUUGGAACUUGGUUGAAGUUGAGUUUCUUCUGUGUAACAUUGGGCACCAUUCCUUUCAUCACGGGCUUCUUCUUUGUGGACGAAAUUUUGAGCGCUUUACGUUUCGAUCCAGAUGUAUGUUAUCUUGCGGGAGUCUACGCCAGGUACAACAGCAUUUGGGUGCUUCCAAACAGCUGGUAUGUGACGAUGCGAAUGUACUUCCAAGCACAGGGCAAGCCACGUCCCGCCAUGUACUUUGGGUUGAUCUUCCUGUUUGUCAAUGCUCUCUUUUUGUGGCUGUUGGUCUUUGGUGGGCCCGAGAAUGGGCAGUGGUGGCACGUGGGAGGUCUCGGCUUCAUUGGUGCAGCCUUGUCUAUCAGCUGCUCUCGCAUUGUGCAAAGCUUCUUCUAUUGGCUGUACAUGUUCGUGAUUACAAAGGCACAUGCGCCGACCUGGCCAGGAAUGGGUUGUGACUUCUUGCAGCGGAAAUAUUUGAGACCAUAUUUUGCACAGGUGCUGCCUCAGGUUGGCACCAUGCUGCUUCAGUUCUUGAUCUCUCAGUCCACAACCCUGUUGGUUGGAAAGCUUGGCAAAUUGCAGGUUUCUUCAAGCAGUGCGGCUGCGCAAGCCACAGUGCCGAUCACCGUGUGUUUGCUCAUUACCUUCUCUUCGAUGACAGCCAUCCGAGUGGGGAUGAAGCUGGGUAAAGGUGCCGCCAAAGAGGCCGCGCAGACAGCAUGGCUUUGCCUUGGCACGCAGGCAGCGCUGACGGCGCUCUUCGCCGCAGUGGCCCUUCCGCUCAGGAAAGAGUUUAUGUCGCUGAUGACAAACGAUCCUCAGAUCAGGCAGUUGGCCUCAGAGCUGCUUGUGCCGAUCACCCUCAAUUUCCUUUUCGCUGGCGCGGUGAGCACCGUGAACGGAGGAAUACUUGCAAGCCAAGGGCGCACCUACCUCAGUGCUGUAAUGGUGAUGUUAUUCGAACUUCCACUCUCCCUCGGAACCAUUGCAAUUUUAGUCUUGGCCUUCCAUGUUGAUGUGCAUGUCGUGUAUUGGGUUCAAGCUGGCGUGACUUUUGUUGAAGCCGUGAUCGUGCUUCUGAUCAUAUCCCGCAGCGACUGGGACAAGUAUGCUGAGGAUGCCCGACGACAGCACGGACGCACAGUCCUGAACAUCGGCAGCAUCGGCACCUUCGCAGAAGGACAGCCACGCGCCAAAAUCAUGUCGAUGCUUCUUGCUUUCGUCCGCAGGCCGUCAGCUCAUCGUCCGUCCCUGAGUUCUCAAGCAGCUCCGCCAAGUAAAGCUGUGACGACCGGCGCGGCAUUUUAUCAGCCUGAAGCAACCAAGGUCGAGUCUGCACAAGAUGUGCAGGUGUACAGCUCGGAAUGUGCCAACGCCGUACAAGGGUUGCCUCCAUCAGCGCCUGUUGACUUGCAAGCAGGCGACACCUGCGUGAUUUGCCAACACGAGCUCAGACGAGGUGAUGCUACGAGACCACUGCCUUGUGGUCACAGCAGCUGGCACGACGACUGCUUCCUGCAAUGGCUGACCGAGCAGCCUUCGUGCCCCAUUUGCCGUGCAAUGGUUGGUGAAGACACUGGAGUCACUGGAGGGGGGGUUAUCUUCCCGGAAGUGGUGGCCUUGAGCGAACGUGUGGCAGAUUUGCAAUCACAAGUUGAGGCCCUCCAUCUGCAGUGGCAGCUUCAGGCUCUCCAGGCACACCUACUGCAACGGGCUGUCUUGCUAGAGAGUGAAAGACAAAGACUAGAACGACAGCUUAUGCUCAGUUUCGAAGAGCUGGCAUCUUCUGGCCGACAGCUGGCCGAGAUCCAUGGCGAGUUUAUACGCAGGUGGAGAUAUCAACGUUGCAGGCUGCGAUGUGUGUCUGUGCCCCUUCACACCCGACAUACCAGACCUGGGCGGAUCGCCGAGUUGGAGUCAUCAACUCCAUCUUUUGAUCUAGCAAGCUCAUGCGACUCGUCAGCUUGUUCAGGGCCUGAUUGUCGAGGUGUUUCACACAGUGAGGAAAUCACCGAAGAAGCUCAGUCCAUCCUUGCCCGCCUGCGCAACGCCGUCAUGAGGACUCCUCUGCCUGGGGCGCACGUCUUUCGUGCACUCGCAGGCCGAAGUGGUCGCAUGGGCCCAGCACAAGCCGCGCGCGUGCUGCAACAUCUUGAGUCUGCAGUAUCUUAUGAAGCAUUGGCCAGGGCUUUCGUAAUGCUGGACGUCGAUGGCAGUGGCUUCAUUGAAGAAUCUGAUUGGAUGUUUGCGUUGCAACUGCCCAGACCGCUCGCAGCUACAUCCAUUGCGUAG